CCCCAUUCCUCUUUUUUUAUUUUUUUCCCUUCUCCCUUUCUUCUUCUUUCCUCUGUCUUGAUUGUGUCUUUCAUUUUUUUCUAUUCCUAUUAUUUAUUUUUAUUCUCGGCUCGUCGCCGAUAGUCAUAUUUCUUACUUCUUUGCGAUCUUUGAAUUGAGCGCCCGACUGGUUCCCUUUCCUUCCCGGUCGCUGCGACGUGUGUUGAGCCUGUUGCUUGUUCGAUCGGUCGCGACCCAUCUAGCCCAUGAUGGACGGUGGCCAGACCUCGACCAGCGCCGCCCCUGCCGGCAACUCCAGCGAUUUUGUACGGAAACUCUACAAGAUGCUGGAGGACCCGUCCUAUGCGGAAAUUGUGCGAUGGGGUGAUGAAGGGGACAGCUUCGUCGUCUUGGAGUGUGAGAAAUUCACAAAGACUAUUCUGCCGAAGCACUUCAAACACAGCAACUUUGCCAGUUUCGUGCGACAACUCAACAAGUACGAUUUCCACAAAGUGAGGCAGAACAACGAGGAGAAUGGACAGUCACCUUAUGGGCAAAACGCGUGGGAAUUCAAGCAUCCCGAGUUCAGAGCGAACAGCAAGGAGUCGCUCGACAACAUCCGCCGGAAGGCUCCCGCCCCGCGCAAACAGACCCAGACCACCGACGACUCGGUCCCCACCCAACAGAUUGAUCUCUUGAAUCAACAGAUCGUGGCACAGCAACAACAGAUCCAGCACUUGUCAGACCGCUAUGCGCAACUGACUGUCGAUCAUCAGUUGAUGUUGCAGGAAGUGAUGCGAGUUCAGAAAACGGUUCUCAACCACGAAAGUGUCAUUCACCAGGUCAUGAACUACCUACUCUCCGUCGACGCCCGCCAGCGGCGGGACAGUAAGGCGGCUGCGUCUUUCCAGGCCCAGGGUCAAGCAGGCUCGACCCUCAGCCCUUCCCAGGUGGCUACAAUGGACGACGAGCCUUCUUCGCCCUUGCAGCAGGCCACCAAACUCUUGAAUGAUAUGAACGCGGAGAUUCAGUUCAACCUAGUCGGCCUCGAUGGGGUUGCUGAUCCGUCCAAGGCUGCCGGGGCGGUUGUACCUGCCCCUGGCAUGGAUGGCGCCUCACGCAAUGGCGUGGUGCGCGCACCUGCUGCGGCAGCAAACCAAGCAUUGGUGUACUCGAAGAUGAAUGGUGAUGUCGAGCCCGUGGUUUAUCCCGUUGGUGCGACCAAUGGAAUUGACCCUAUGUACGGCGAGCAUGUCAAGAAUGUUCCCUACCCAAUGCCGAAACAAGAGGUCGACGACUCUCGGAGACAACAAGUCCAGCAGGUCCAACAGGUCCAGCAAGUCCAGCAAGUACAACAGGUCCAACAAGUUCCCGACAAUCGCAAGAAGAGCGCAAAUGUCGAUCCUGGUUGGGCCCGCAGCCCUCGUAUCUUGCUUGUGGAAGACGAUCAGACGUGUCGUCAGAUCGGCGGAAAAUUCUUAUACUCAUUCUCUUGUAUCAUCGAUACCGCGCUCGAUGGAUUAGAGGCCGUGACGAAAGCCCAGGCCAACCCCGGAUAUGAUUUGAUUCUCAUGGAUAUCAUUAUGCCUAAUCUGGAUGGUGUCUCCGCAACGCAUCUCAUCCGCCAGUUUGAUAGGACUCCUAUCAUAGCCAUGACCUCCAAUAUCAGGAGCGACGAUAUACAGCUCUAUUUCCAGCAUGGCAUGGACGAUGUCCUUCCCAAACCAUUCACGCGAAAGAGUCUUCUCGAUAUGCUUGAGAAGCACUUGUCCCAUUUGAAAGUCGCAUCGCAGACUAUAGAAGCUCCUCAGCCAGCCGUACCUGUCACGAUGGCUGCUCAGAGCUCCGCCGCACAUUCGAUCAAAGAGGACAGCUCUCCAGGCCAGUCACCGGCAACAUCGGUGAACAACUGGCAGUCACCGGGCCAAUACCAAGGCAUGGCUGCUGUACCUCAUAGCAUGCAGCCUGUCCCGAGUCAGUAUGUCCCCACGACCCCGGGUCCCGCUGCAUACGCCGUUGAUCAAAACGGCGUUCAAUAUGCCACUCCCACUGUGGCCCUUGCCCAAGCAGCACCCGCUGCUCGGCCACAGGUACGACGGCAACUUUCAGAAAUGUCGAGUGCGGGUGAAAACCCGGGCAUGGCCAAGAGGCCGCGGAUGUACGCACAUCCAAGCCAGCCUAUCGUCAGUUCCAUGCAGGCCACACGAACCGGCUAGCUGACGUGCGGCUAUCUUUGUAUCACUCCCCGCCACUCCCACCUCCCCUUUUGCAAUAGCGGUGAACCUAGAUUCCAUCCAUCUACUUCUUCAUCUCUCCGCUCGUUGAACAUCCUAUCCUCGAGCUCUCCAUUCCAUGAGUUUCCAUAACGUUUUUGCGAUGGUUAUUAAACCAUACCUUGUGGUGACAUUCAGGAGUUGUGCUACAUUUCUGUCCCUUUUGGAAUUAUACGAUAUAUCACGGUGUCG